AUGAGCUGCGUGAAAAACAAUGAUGUUGUGUUUUUGAUGGGAGACUUCAACGCCAAAGUCUGGAAGGAUCAUGGCAGCCAAGUUGCAGGGAGAUACACGCUUGGAGAGCAGAAUGAAAGAGGUGAAAUGCUUGUAGAGUUUGCUGAAAGACACAAUCUGGUGAUAUGCAAUACCUGGUUCAAAAAGCAUGAAAGAAGAUUAUACACGUGGGUCAGUCCUGGAGAUCGAGUCAGAAACCAGAUAGACUACAUACUUGUAAAAGAAAGAUUCUGGAACACAGUGAAGAACUGUCACACAUAUCCCGGGGCUGACUGCAAAACUGACCACAAGCUAUUGGCUGCAAAAUGCCAGAUAGUCUUGAAGAGCCAGACGAAGAGCAAAGAACAAUACCAACAACUUGACAUUGCAAAAAUCAAAUCAAAAGAUGUGCAAAAGAAAUUCCGAGAAGAACUGGAAAAGCAAAAGGAAGACAAGUUGGAUGAAGAACAAGGUAUUGAGGAAAAGUGGUAA